CAAAAGACGAAAAAAAAAAAAAAGUCUAUAUGAUCUGAGCAUAAAUUAAAAACAAAAUUAAAAAAGAAAGGGUUCCUUUUUUUCUCUUUUCAUUUACUCUAUCUUUUCCCUUUCCACAUUGCAACUUUCUCAACUCACACUGAGCGAGUCUUUCAAAGUAAACGUUUUUGACAAAUUACAAAUGUCCAAAAUACCCAAACAUCCAUCUAUUUCAGUCAGAGUGCCACAACGAACAAUCGCAGCAGCAGUAUCAUCAGCAGUAGCGACACCCAAACAGACCACUUCUAAUGAUAGUGCUAUAAGCAAUGAUUAUGAUAACAGGAUAGGACAACGUGUCAUCAUACCGACAUUACAUAACUUGACGGGCACCCUCCGAUUUGUUGGCUCUGUAGAUUUCAAACCUGGUAUUUGGGCUGGUGUUGAGUUGGAUAAAGAAGGCGCCGGGAAAAAUGAUGGCAGUGCUCAGGGAAAGAGAUACUUUCAAUGUCCACCGAAUACUGGUAUCUUUAUAAGUGUGAGUAAAAUUGUUAUUCAUGCAUCACCUGCCAAUACCGCCGCUACAACAACAAAUAGUUGUAGUAGCAGCACCGGCAGUCAUGGUAACAGUAGUACAACAAAACCUUCACCUUCCUCCACUACCAGUAGUACGAUUAUCACGCGUAGAUCCAACCUACCUCUCACAAAGAAACAAUCAACAACAACAACGAGUAGUGCUCCGGGACUCAUACGACCCAGAUAUACCUCGAAGACGCCUACUCAGACGUCUUCCCAUGCCAGUGUUAUACCUACAACCAAUGGCGCCGCAAAAAGAUCUCGUAUAAGAAUGAUACGUCAGUCGACGACACCUUCGACAUCUACGACGAAAGCUAAUAGUAGACCUUCCCAGUCACCAUCAUCGUAUUCUCAUCGUAUACACAGCUCUUCGCCUACUACUGCAUCUCAUACAACAGUGACUUAUAAAAAGUCCACACCUACCCCCAAUAGCUCGACUCCCAACAACAGGCGUUCUGUAGUAGGAACUCCUCACUCUAUCAGUACCACUAGCACUACGAGUCCCAUAGCUAAAAGAGCAAGUAGCACACCUCAGCUUCGUUCAACUACCACAACACCUAAACCCGUCCUCUUGCAAAAAGCCAAUAUGAUACCCAUUGCUUCAUCUCCCACAGAGGAUACCCUCUCAAUGACAACGAAAAGCGAUGCAUUGAGUGCAGCUGAAGCAGAUACCCUUUAUGACAUGUUAGAAAAAAUCCAACAAGAACGUGAUACCCUCCUCUCUCAAAUGUCCAAAAAAGAAACGGCAUGGGAACGACUUGUCUCCAUCAAAGAAAGUCUCUCUCUUCAAGUGGAUGAACAAACAAGCCAAAAUCAGCAUCUUUCACAACAACUUGCCGCGGCUCAAUCACAGAUAAGUGAACUGCAGCUGCACCUCACCGAAUGUGAGGAAUCACUGGCCCAAACCCAUCGAGAUGAAGAGCAACAGUCAUAUCAAUUAAAACGCAUGACACGACUUGAAAACCUUGUUCGAGAAUUGCAAGAAGAGGUGAAGCAAAAGGACGAACACCAGUUGGAGUUGAAUCGACAACAUGCCGGCCAGCUAGAGCUGGUGAGGAAGGAGGUGAAAGAACGAGAAGCUCAAUGCGUUAGUCUUGAAAAGGAAUGUGAAGAGUUAAGAAGAGCUGGUUUGGAGGCGAUCCAAGCUUAUGAUCAAUCAGUGGGUCAGUUAAAGCAAGAACAUACCAUGGUUUUGCAAAAGAAAAAUUAUAGGAUACAGCAGUUGGAGUAUAUGGUAGCAGAUUUGAAACACAAGCAGAGUACUUUGUUCCAUCAUGACGAUGACGACGAUCUAGCUAAUCUGUAUAGUGGAGGAGGGGGAGCAGGGGAAAGGGAAGAAAAGAGGAAAAAGGAGUUUGAAGCCAAGCUAUUAGAAAUACAGCAAACUAGCUUUGGAGACGAACAACAUGCGCAACAGCUACAGCAACUACAGCAACCUGUCACGCUCCCCAAUGGUACAGUAGUAGGAACAGAAGGGCAAGAGGAGUUCUAUAAUGGCGAUGAGGAGACCAUCGAUCAACGUCAUCGCUUAGAAGAGCAACUGAAUCUUGCCAUGAUGGAGCUCGAUAAUGAACGACGCACCAUUGAAACUUUACACCACGAAACUGAACAACUCAAACUCGAGCUCCAGCAGUCCCACCAGCAGACACGAGCGCUAGAAGAGAAGUAUGACCAGUUGCAACAAGAUUUUGAAAAGGAAUUAAACGAUAAAAAGCGACUGAUGGAAGAAGCAGACGACGCUUUUGAAGCGCAUGCAAAAGCAGAAGAUGAACAUUAUCAAAUGAAACUAUCUACCAUGAAGAUGGAAAAGGACUAUCAGCAGUUGCUGGAAGCACAUCAACGCCUAGAACAAAACUAUAACGAAUUAAUGGAUGAGAUGUUGGCUUUAGAGAAACAAAAUUUAGAUCAAGAUGCAAGCCAUAACAAUAAUAGUAACAGCAACAGCAGUAAAAAUGAUAAUCGUCAAGAGAAGACAACAGUAGAAAACAAUUAUACCGAUAGCAAUCUACUGCAAAAGAAGAUUAUAGAAUUAGAAACUGAAAAAGAGACAUAUCAGCGGAAACUAGAGACUGAAAAACAACGCGUCCAACAACUGUCUAAAGAUCUGGCAGAAUUAGAAUCAUUGGUUGAGAACCGUGUCUUUGGCGAGGCUGAUUUAGAAGAGAAAUUAGAAACGGAAAAGAAGAAAGUGCAGCAUUUAGAAAAGGAAUUGGCUCUAAUAAAGGAGGACAAAAUAAAUGUUACUAACCGCAGCAAUAACAAUCAGAGUCACCAUAGUAUGUUAAUGUCACCCACUACUACAGCACACACCAUGUCUCCUACUCCAACAUCAUCAACCCAUCCUUCUUCGUCCAAGCAUGAUGAUGAUGGUGAUAAAUAUUGUGAGUUAUGUGAUACUUAUGGUCAUGAUGUAUUGGAAUGCAAGAGCGAUCUUCACUUAUCAGAGAACGGAAAAUUGUUCUGCGAAAAUUGUGAUGACUAUGUCGGCCAUUCCUCGGUUGAUUGUCCAAACCAAGAUGAAAUAUUCUAAGGACAGCUCUUUUUUGGACGUGAUGAGCAAUUGUUAAAACCAUAUCUAAAUAAAUUUCAUCUAGCUUGUAUAUACGCAUUACAACAUUAUAAAUCCCCACACGAACGAUGGUUUUUUUUUG